UAAAAAUCAUUAUUAUAUUUAUUACUUUUAAAUUAAUUAAUUUUAUUUACCAUAUAUUUCUCAUUAAUAUUUUGUUAUACGAAUUUAUACAUAUGUAUAUAUACGAACGUGUAUAUUAUAAUAAAUUAUUACAAUAAAAUUUUAAUAAAAUACAAAAUAAAAAAUAAAAACCAUUUAGUCAAAAAAAACGAAUAGUCAACAUAAAAAUUCCAAGCAAAGUGUUAUAUAAAUCUCAUAUUACAAAGAUGGUUUUUUUAGCACCAAAGAAAAAUUUAUUUAAUUUAUAUUUUUUACGUUAUAAAUUUAUAUUUUUAACAAUUGGAUUAUUAUUUGUAUAUAUACUUUUAAAUGGUGAUAUUAGAAGCAAUAUAAAUGUACGAAAAUGUUUUUCCGAUAUAAAUGUACAAAAUAAAAUCGAAGAUAUUUUAUUAAGUGAACGAAAGCCACGUAAAGGUAAAACGAUAUUUUUUCAUGAAACAUCGUGUAAUAUACCAGAUACAUUAAAUCAUGUUAGACUGAAAGCACGUCAAGCAUGUGCAAUUGAAUCAGCAGCAUUAACAAAUCCUAAUUUAGAUAUUUAUGUAUUAUUUGCUAGUCCAAAAAUAUUAAAUAAUCAGACAAUAACACCAAUAUUAGAAUCAAUACUAUCAUAUCCAAAUGUAUAUUUAAGAAAUGUUAAUUUAUGGAGUUAUGCAGCUGAUACACCAAUAUAUGAAUGGUUUAAAGAUGGUAAAUUAUUUAAAUCGAAAUAUAUUUAUUCACAUGUAUCAGAUUUUUUACGUUAUUUAACAUUAUGGCAUUGGGGUGGUACAUAUUUAGAUUUAGAUGUUGUUAUGAUGAAAACAAUAGAAAAUAUUCCACCAAAUUUUGCUGGUGCUGAAUCAAUAUAUCAUGUUGCUGCUGGUGUCUUAAAUUUUGAUUGGGAUGGUUUUGGACAUGAAAUUGCUGAUAUGUGUUUACGAAAUUUUCAAACACAUUUUGAUGGUUAUGAUUGGGGUAAAAAUGGCCCUGGUGUUAUUACAAGAACAUUACAUGAAAUAUGUAAAACAAAACAAAUUUAUUUAAUGACACGUUCAAGAUGUUUUAAUUUUAAUGUUUUUCAAAAUGAAACAUUUUAUGCUGUACCAUAUACACAUUGGAAAUAUUUUUUUGAUAGUGAUUAUUUAGAACGUACAUUAGAAAUGACAAAAAAUUCAAUAGCUAUACAUGUAUGGAAUAGAUAUAGUAGUGAUACACCAAUUAUUGUUGGUUCAAAUGUUGCUUAUGGUGUUAUAGCAGAGAAAUUUUGUCCAAAGGUUUAUAAAUCUAGCGGAAAAUAUUUUUAAAAAUUAUCUAAAUAAGUAUGUAAAUUUGACAAAUACAAAAAAAAAUGUGUAUUUAUAAAAUUAUAAUAUAUAUGUAUUAUAAUAAUAUGUAAAUAGAAAAAUAAAUGUACAUGUACAUAAUAUAAUAGUUUUAAGUUUAUGAUAUCAAUAUAAUGUCGAAUUAAAAGCGAAUUAUAAUAUAAAAAUUAAAAUUUUUGUUAUACUUUUUGCUAUACAUCAUAGCUAUGUAUAUAUACAUAUAUAUUAUAUAUUAUGUUAAGUACGAACAUCAUUAAUAUGUAUAUAUAUACUAGAUAUUAGAAUGCUUAAUAGUUUAAAAUGAUAGCAAUUUAUUACAUUAAAAAAUAACAAAUAAAAAAAGAUUAAAAAACAUUUUAUAAAAUAUUAUUUUUAUGUAUAACAUAAAUUCAAUUUCAAAUUAAUUUAAAAUAUUUAGCAAUAAUUUGAGACU